AUGAUUGAGGCUGCUGAUGUUGAUGCUUCUGUCAACCUAAUGAAUGUCCAGAAAAAGUUGAACUUUGAUCCGCACAAUGAAGUUCUGGUUGAUGAGGAGAAGCAGGCUAGAGUUGUCUUCCAGAAGGCUCAUGCUGCCAGGUACUCUUAUUUGAAGCAAAAGUCCAAAAUGCACUGGGUUAAGGAAGGUGAUUUGAAUACAGAUUAUUUUCAUGCCUUCAUUCAAAAGAGAAGGGUUCAGAAUAGGAUAUGCAGUGUUAUUCAUGAAGAUCAGACUAUUCAAGAACCUAGCAUGGUGGUAAAUGCUUUUCUGGAAUUCUAUCAAAAUUUGCUCGGUACUAGCUCUGAGCCAGAGAAAACGGCUCACAAUGCUGUGAUUGGGGUGGGCAGAAUCCUUUCUCAGGAACAGCAAAUUGAUUUGUGCAAAAGCUUUACAGAGCAUGAUGUGAAAGCUGCGCUUUGGAUUAUAGAAGAUGAUAAAGCUCCGGGUCCCGAUGGUUUCUCGAGUAAGUUUUUUAAAGUUUCUUGGGAUAUUGUUAAGAGUGAUAUUUGUGAAGCGGUGUUGUCUUUUUUUAACCAUGGGUGUUUGCUUAAACAAGUUAAUAAUACUCUGCUCACUAUGGUUCCAAAAGUAGAAGAUGUUAUUUAUGUGUCAUAUGAGAAUCAAAGUGCCUUUGUUGCGGGAAGAUCCAUUUUGGAUAAUAUUUUGGUGUGUCAGGAUAUGUUGAAAAAUUAUAAUAAUAAAAGGAAGGCUCCUCGUUGUACUGUUAAAGUUGAUUUGAGGAAGGCGUAUGACUCAGUUCAUUGGUCCUUUAUCAGAGAUAUGAUGAUGGCUUUGAAUUUUCCUCCUCAAUUUGUUAGGUGGGUGAUGGAAUGUGUUACUACCCCUUCUUAUUCUGUGAUGAUCAAUGUGAAAGGAAUGAAGUCUUUCUCUCUUCUUGUGAGGGCUCUUAAGACCUUUGAGAAGGUCUCAGGGUUAGUGGCUAAUUCAGAAAAAACAGCAGUGUAUUGUGGUAGCAUGGAUUCUGUGAAGAAGGAGGAGAUCCUGGGUGGAUAUGGUUUUGCUAUUGGUGACUUUCCUUUUAGAUAUCUCGGGAUCUCUCUCAAUACUAAGUAUAUGAGAAGCUCUGAUUUUGAUAGCAUUGUUGAUAAAAUGUUGGCUAGGAUUACUUGUUGGUCGAGUAGGAAUUUGUCUUAUGCUGCAAAGACUAUCCUUAUAAAUUCUGCUCUUAUGAGUCUUCAUUCUUACAGGGCUCAAUGUGUCCUCUUGCCUAAUGGGGUUAUGCAUAGAAUUACUCAGUUGUGUAGAUCCUUUCUAUGGGAUGGAGUUGCUGUGCUAGGGGGAGCCCCUCUUAUUUCUUGGGAUUGGGUGUGUAAGCCUAAAAAGUAUGGUGGGAUAGGAAUGAGGGAUUGUAUUAGAUGGAACAAAGCUGCCUUGGGGAAGUAUGUUUGGAAAAUUGCAAAGAAAGAGGAUACGUUGUGGGUAAAAUGGGUGCAUAGUAUAUAUUUGAAAGAUCGAGAUUGGUGGUCGUAUAGUCCUACGAAGUGUGAUGGAUGGUUUUGGAGGUGGUUGUGUGCUGUGAAAGAUGAACUGCAACAAGGAACUUGUUUGAAGAUUAUUGCAACCUUGCUUGGAAUAAAUAAGAGGAAUUUUAGGUUGGAUAUGUCUUGGAAACACUGGAAUAGACAGGGACUAGAUAUGAUACAAAAGAAAAUCUUUCUAGCUGUUUUUUCUGCCUGUGUUUAUUAUAUUUGGUUUACUCGAAACCAUGUUUUUUGGGAUAAAGCUGUGAUUAUUCCUAGUAAGCUGAGUAAUUCCAUAUGCUUGGAAGUGCUAUGUAGAUUACAACAAUUGAUUGACAAGCUGCUGUGUCUGUCUGCGAGGCUGUUGGUGUCUGUCGGUGUGAUUGGUUCUGUGCAGCUCUUGUCCUUGCAGUCUGUUUCGUUUUUCUUCAGAUCUAAGGUUUUGAUUCUGUGUCUGCUGGGUGUCCUCUCUGCUGUAGUCUAUUGUUCUUCUUUAGUCAGUCUGGUCCUGAAGGCUGUUUUGCUGUUCCUUCGUGUGUUUGGAUGCUGGCUUGAUUAG